AUGAGACAAGGACGCGUGCGUACCGAAUCCACCGUGCAACGCUUCGCCAAAACGCCUAUUGGUGAAGGGUUUGACUUAUGGGAUCGGGACUAUCUUUUAGGUGCAAUGCGUUUGUUCCUCUUUAAAGCAGAAACGGCACCUCCGUUUCAGGUUGGGCCUUGCAUGGAUGCAACAGGUGAGAUUUUGGUGCAGUUGGAAGAGUUGGAGGAUGCCCGUGAGCAGUUCUCCAUUGCAGCUGAGAAAUAUCUUAUUACUCAACAACAACAACUGGCAAAAAUAAUGGAAAUUAAAGCAUUGGAGUGUGAACGUGGUCCUCAGGCGGCUCUGGAGGAAUUAACAGCGUUUUUAAAAAAGGAAACCGCUUCUACCAAUGCCACCGCUGUGCCUGCACCAAUAACACGUGCAUAUGCGUACCAAGCGGAGUUGUUACUGAAAACUGCAACUCCAGAAACGCCAGAAUUGUUUACUGAAGCGGUUGAAACGGCUAAGUUGGCAUGCAACCACGCAUGGGACCGUGUUCAUAUGGGUUAUGUUGUGUUGGGUGAUGCCCUCAAGGCCUCCGGUUGCCCUGAUGAAGCACGGAAAGCAUAUAGUGAGGCAUUUGAAACUAACCGCAACUGCAUCACUGCUUUAGAGCGUCAUAUAGAGGUUUUGAAGGAAUACAUCGCUGAGAGUAAUGAUGAUAUGCGAAUUGAGGCGUUACGUAAGGAGCUCCUUCCGCUUUUGGAGAGUGCGAUUUCGCUCCACCCGCGCCCGACACUGAUCCGCGAGAAGGCGUUUUUGUUGAGUGAAACGUUGGGUGAUGCGGCGGCGCUGGAAUUUCUCGAUCCACUUAUUUGCAACCCACCACCGGAGGAGGCGGAUGCGGCCGGUAAUGUCGGGGGUCGGACCGUUGCAACACUUUUGAAAGCAAAAGCUGCCAUACUUGCGGAUGGCGGAAAAAUGCAAGAGGCGUUAGAAGUGGCAGAAGCCGCCCUUAAGGAAAGUCCUUCCGAUGAGGAGGCGAAAGCGAUUGUUGCAGAGCUUCGGGAGUCGUUGUAA